ACCCGAUGCUAAUUGGCUAGGCGUGGAAUGAGCGGUCGAGUGACGAUGAUUUGAGGUCACUGGAAGCCGGUGGGAAGCAUGGCGCGUUGCGCAGCCGAGGCUGUAGGGGAUGUUGUGUUGGCCGGCGACCUGCUCACUUUCCCGGCUGCGCACAGCGCUAAGGUGUUGUGCGGGCCUGGCCUGCGGCGGCAGGGCUCAGUGCUGGGUCUGGCUGCUUGUAAAUCGGGAAUUCUAAGACAUAAGGAGCCCUCGAUGUAUUGGGUGGAUUCGCAUCAGAAGCGGUAUGUACCUACUAAAGGUGAAUAUGUAAUAGGAAUUGUGACCACAAAAUCUGGUGAUAUAUUUAAAGUUGAUGUUGGGGGAAGUGAGCAAGCCUCAUUAUCUUAUUUAGCAUUUGAAGGAGCUACAAAACGAAACCGACCAAAUGUACAAGUAGGAGAUCUUAUCUUUGCGCAGUUUGUUGUGGCCAAUAAAGAUAUGGAACCGGAACUGGUUUGCAUUGAUAGCUGUGGACGAUCCAAUGGAAUGGGAGUGAUUGGUCCUGAUGGAUUAUUAUUUAAAGUUUCACUGAGUGUUGCACGCAAGCUACUUUCUCCAAACUGUGAAGUCAUCAAGAACCUUGGAGAAUUGUACCCUUUUGAGAUAGUCAUUGGAAUGAAUGGACGGAUAUGGGUAAAAGCCAGAACACUUAAGCAUACUUUACUUGUAGCCAAUAUACUAGAAAGCUGUGAAAACAUGACCUCAGAGCAAAGAAAACAAACCUUCAAAAAAUUGUCUGAGAAUGUGCCAUAAAUCUGUCAUUACUGAUCAAAUAAAGCAUUUGUAUAUUGACCCUGCCUGAAUAUUUUAAUUACUCCAUUUGUUGAUGGUCAAAUCUGACUUAUUUCUGCAUUGUACUUGAAUUCUCAACCAGUUAUCACAAUAACUGAUCUGACAACAACAUAGUGGAUCGACAGCUGUACUACGGUGAUAAAAUUAAUGCCAACUAGACAAGCUUCUUGAAGAUUUAACUUGUGAAAUUUACCGAAGAAUCUUGAUGUCGUACAAUAAUGAGUUUUUCAUUUUAAAAUGCGGCAAAGGUAUGGUUUCACUUUUUGAAUGUUCAGAAUUAAGUUGUGAUUUUCCUGUUUUCAUUGUACUAAUCAAUUCUAUAGCAUUUGGGAAGUUGACAGAUUAUAGAAUAAAAAUGCUAUAGUUCUGAAUGUAAGAGUUUUAUUUGUGCAGUGCAGUUUAAGUAACGCUUUGUGAAAGGUAUUUUAAAUGCAAGUAAAUGCUUUGGUUUUUCACAUGUAGAUUUCACAUAUUUUGGUAAACUAUAUUGAAUCUUAAUCAGUGCAUUUGGAUAUUAAUCUUCACUUUUGUUUCAAAUAACUUUUUAUCACAAAAUAUUUGUACAGUAAGAAAAACAAUGUAAAAGGUUUUUUUCUUAGUAUCUUGUAAUCAAUGCACUGAGUGGUGUUAACACUUAUAAUAAAACAAC